GCCGCCGCGUGUAAUUCCUAGUGGAGACCCAACCUUCCAACGACGGCAGCAGUGAGUGACCCGUCCCCACGACAGCUAUGGCGCCGCACCAUCGCCACCGGAAAAGAAGACCCGCAGCCCUCAACUCGAUCUCCUCGCUAAUCAUAGCCAGACGGCUCAUCCUCACCAACCGCUACCCUCAAAGCCUCUGGCCCGAUCGGCACCAUCCAACAGUCGAUUCAUGGCCAAGAUUUUGCUGUAGCCCUCUAGAUUGUUUGAUGACUCCAUAUAUAGCUCUGGCCGCUGCUCUGCUCUUUGGAAGCUAGUGCUCGUCGUCGGAGUCUUCCUCCCCUCCCUUCAGCGCACUCAUUUGCAAAGGAUUGGGGAAGGAAACAAGCUAGAUUUGCUGUUGAUAGCCAGCACGUACGGAGUGGCGAAGCAGAAGAUGGCGACGGCGCGCUUCAAGGUCCUUGAGAUGGCGCUGCGGGCGUGCGUGGUUCCCCUGGCCGUGGCCUCCCUGUGGGAGAUGGCCACCAACAAGCAAGCCGAUGACACCUACGGGGAGAUCAGCUUCUCCAACCUCUCCGGCUUCAAGUAUUUGGUUUUCGCCAACGCCAUCACUGCCGCCUACUCCGUGGCCUCCAUCCUGCUGUCGUCCAUCAAGUCCUUCGCUCGCUACGACUGGCUGAUUUUCCUCCUAGAUCAGGCGGCGGCGUACCUGCUGGUGACGUCGUGCUCGGCGGCGGCGGAGCUGGUGUACCUGGCGCGGGAGGGCGACAAGGAGGUGUCGUGGGGGGAGGUGUGCUCCUACUUCGGCCGGUUCUGCGGCAGGGCCACCGUGUCGGUGGCGCUGCAGGGCGCGGCCCUGCUCUGCUUCGUCGUGCUCUCCCUCGGGUCCGCAUUCAGGGUCUUCAGCAAGUGCGACGCCCCCUGUCGUCCCGGUGCUGCCGCUGGCUCCAAGCAGCCAGAGGGCCAAUUUGCUUACUGAUGAGUCACAGUUCAGCGUUCAGUCCCUGAUGCUUUGGACUAGCGUUCCUUACUUACUGAUGUAUGCUGAUCCUGGAUGGGUUGUGAAAUAAAAUUUUAGAGAAUCAGCAUUGUUCCGGGGUUGUUUGUACUUAGCAUGCAGAUGUUGGAACCUCUGAAACAAACGAGACUGAAACCAGGUUGAUAGA